AUGGAUGACAAGGCAGCGCAACAGCGGCAAAAGUCGAGGGGACAAUGGAAACGACAGAUGGAAUCUGUUCUCUCGUUAGCUGGAUUUGCCAUAGGACUCAGCAGUCUGUGGCGUUUUCCGUACAUGGCCAUGAGAAACGGAGGGGGGGCUUUCCUUAUCCCAUACAUCGUGUUCACCAUUGCCAUUGGCAUCCCUCUUGUCUUCAUGGAGACUGCCUUAGGACAAUACUUUCAACUCAGUCCAUUGCUGAUUUUUGAUAUCUGUCCACUGUUUAAAGGCGUCGGCAUUUCCAUAACGGUAAUAUCAUUCAUAGGCUAUAUCCACUACAUGACGAUUCUGGCCUGGACGCUGUACUUCCUGGCCAUGUCCUUCAAACCUGUCUUACCCUGGACUACGUGUGAUAACUCAUGGAACACCAACUCCUGUGUACCGAUCUUCACCGAAUCAAUCAGCAAUUUAACAAAUGUGACACUUCCGGCAAGCAAGGCCGAUAACUUGACCAGAGUGUUGGCCGUGGAGGAGUUUUGGAGGUACAGUGUGCUUGAUAUUUCAUCCGGGAUUGAGGAUCCGGGGCCAUUGAGAUGGCAGCUGCUUGUCGCCUUAUUGGUCGCCUAUGCCUUGGUUUACGUGUGCAUAUUUAAAGGAGUUGAAUCGACCAGGAUUGCGGUCUACAUCACUGCCACGGCUCCGUUCCUCCUGCUCGUCCUCUUCCUGAUCUGGCUCCUCACUCGUCCCGGCUCCUCAGAUGGGCUCCUCUUUUACAUCACUCCUCGGUGGGAACAAGUUGUCAAAUUCCAGACCUGGCUGGAAGGCUUUAUCCACGUGUUUUAUUCACUAGGGCCUGGCUGGGGAGGGCUCAUCAAUCUCGCCAGCUACAAUCCAUUUCAUUACAGGUGUCUCCGAGACUCCGUCAUCGUGGUUGUCCUGGACGUCUCUACGGCUCUUCUGUGUGGUGCAGUCGUAUUUGCUGGUGUGGGUUGUAUCGCUUAUGAAACAGGGAAGGCUGUCGACGAAGUGAUCACCACAGGUCCUGGCCUAGCCUUUAUGACGUAUCCACAUCUGGUCACCUACUUCCCUGUGGCACAUUUUUGGAUUAUUUGCUUUUUCCUUCUGAUUUUGACGAUGGCUCUGGACUGUGAGUUUGCUCAGGUGAAGACCGUGACCACGGGAUUCAUUGAUCUGUUCCCGGAGGCCCUGGGCAAGAGAAAAUCUCUGCUAGCCCUCGCCGUACUGGUUAUCUCCGUACUGCUGGGACUGCCUUUUAUCACUCAUGGCGGAAUGUACGCUUUCCAAAUCGUGGAUUGGUAUGGUCCCUUCUUUACCAUCAUGUUUGUGGUUCUUAUCGAAACUAUCGUCAUUGGAUGGCUUUAUGGUGGAGACAGAUUUCUGGGGAACAUCGAGGAGAUGGGCUUGUAUCGCCACCGAUGGAUACUUCAGUUUAUGAAGAUUUCCUGGAAAUUCUUUAUACCAGUUUGUAUGGCGACGGCCUUGGUAGUUGCCUUGGUGAAAUUCCGCCCUCCUAGUUACGGUGACUACACGUAUCCUGAUUGGACAAACGUGUUCGGCUGGUUAUUGGCUGUGAGUUCGUCCUUACCGAUCCCUGUCGUCAUGGUGUACACUCUGCUGAAGACAAAGGGAACUCUCAUACAGCGGCUGAAAUCCUCCAUCAAGCCACGUAUCGGACGAAUGGGAUUUAAAGAAGGAGAUAACUUUGAAUUUGAAGAGAGACGUAGUGGCGACGAUACGCAGGACCUUGAAGUCAUUGCCUCGAUGAGCUCCAUGGGGCUGGGGUUAGGAUUUUUGGAGCUAAUACUAACAGGGCUGUUUGGAUUCAAAACAACGUGUAUCAUCAGCUGCCUGGGUAUGAUUGUAUCAAGUAGCUUGAUAGCCCUGUUUGCCCACUACAACCGAAUCUUCAGCUCCUGGCCCAGUUUGGUUGGCGUCAUGCAGUUAAUACUGUAUAUUGUCGCAGUGCGGAGUCUGAUUUCUAGCUAUGCCCAGGGUCCGUUUGCAAGCGCUCAGUGA